AUUUUGAUGUUAUUUUCAGAUUUUUAAGUGAACUACAAAAUAUGUCUUGUGUUGAAGGACAAAUGAUGAUCUCUCCCACAUUAGCUCAGGAUGGAUCUAACUAGCUGGUUGAUCGAUCCCUGGGUCUCCAGGAGUAAGGUUUUCAGUUUUCAAUCUCCAGGACCAACCUCAUUUUCCAAUCUGUAGUGGAGUGCAGUAAAACGGGGCAGAUGAGUAGUAAGAAGCUCAAGGGUCCAGAGGAGGGUGCCGAAACUGAAGAGAGGAAUGGACCUAAACGUGGGCGAAGAAGAACAGCCUCCACGAGGAGCUAUAGAGGCAGCCUCAAUAGAUCGGAGGAGGGGAAAUCUUUUCUCAGACGAGCUUUGACUACUGGAGGAACCCAGUCUGGGACGAGUACUCCAACCUCAAGGACGAAGGAAGGAAGGACGAGAAGGAGGUCGGCACCCCCUGACACAUACGACAACGUGAACGGUUCAGAAAACAAGAACAACCAGAAGAAUUCUCUGACUAGUUUAAAAUCUGAAAACCUUGCCGAACUUAAAGAAGAAAACUCAGAGAAGAAGAUAGAAUACAAACCUCUCUCUGAAAGACGAGGAGGGUCUGGAAGGGGUGGCAGUGGUAUCUAUAAGAGAGGGGGCAGCAAGGGAACAGAUGUAGAUUUUAGGAGUAGGGAUGGAGAGAAGGUUCCAGGAGAAACCAUAAAGACGGAUUCCAUCCUGGAGAAACAGGACGUAGAGAAACCGGAGAAGGACGAGGAAACUCUGGACAAGGACGGAACUCAUGACAAGGAUGGAAAAACUCCGGACAAGGACGGAGAGAUUGCUGAUGACAGUGGAGUGAAAGACACUUGUGAGAAAAAAGAUAAAGACACUGAAACUACACUAGAGACGACUAUGAAAGGACGAUUUAGUGUGGACUACAAAUAUGUUAAAGUUAAGGACGAACUCGAAACAGAUAUUCCGCUCAGUGACCCGGACGAAGAGCUGGAGGACGGAGACAAGAAAACUGAGGAUGGUGAGGAUGAGGAUAAGAAGAAGGAGGAUGAAGAGGAGGAGCCGAAGGCAAUCGACACGUCCCCUGACGGACGAUACCUGAAGUUCGAUGAGGAAAUCGGUCACGGUAGUUUCAAGACAGUUUUUAAGGGUUUAGAUACAGAUACCGGGGUUGCUGUAGCCUGGUGUGAACUUCAAGAUCAAAAACUAACUAAAGGAGAACGGAGAAGGUUUAAGGAAGAAGCAGAGAUGCUUAAGGGACUUCAGCAUCCAAACAUUGUCAGGUUCUAUGAUUACUGGGAGGUAACCAGGCAAAGCUGUAAGACCGGGAAACCACAGAAGUAUAUUGUCCUCGUCACGGAGCUAAUGACCUCGGGAACCUUGAAAACAUAUCUCAAGAGGUUUAAAAAGAUCAAUCCUAGAGUUCUUAAAUCCUGGUGUAGACAGAUUCUAAAGGGCUUGGUUUUUCUUCACACCCGUACACCGCCGGUCAUUCAUCGUGACCUCAAGUGUGAUAAUAUCUUUAUUACCGGACCCACCGGCAGCGUCAAGAUUGGUGAUCUUGGCCUCGCUACACUCAAGAACAAGUCCUUUGCCAAAAGUGUCAUAGGAACCCCUGAGUUUAUGGCCCCUGAGAUGUAUGAGGAGCACUAUGAUGAAGCUGUAGAUGUGUACGCGUACGGAUUAUGUAUGCUAGAAAUGGCAACAUCUGAAUACCCGUACAGUGAGUGUACGGGUCCUGCACAGAUUUACAAGAAAGUUGUCAAUGGAGUGAAAGAAUAG